AUGCUGGAGAAGAGAGAGAAACCAAUCAAGACAUCUGCUCUAUGUCAGCUAUGUCAUGGGCGUAAAGCCGUGAUGAAAAGACCCAAGAACCUCCACAAACUCUGCAAAGAAUGCUUCUUCCUAGUGUUCGAGACUGAGAUCCACAAUACCAUCAUCUCAGCGGAGCUCUUCCAUCCAGGAGAGAGAGUAGCCAUAGGAGCUUCGGGUGGAAAGGAUUCCACGGUGUUGGCUUCGAUACUCAAGACCUUGAAUGAAAGGUACAACUACGGCCUAGACUUGGUUCUUCUAUCUAUUGAUGAAGGCAUCAAAGGUUACCGAGAUGACUCACUUGCCACCGUCAAGAGGAAUCAGAAGCAAUAUGAAAUGGACUUAGAGAUUGUGUCGUACAAGGAGUUAUACGACUGGCUGAUGGACGAGAUUGUGUCUUGUGCUGGAAUCAGAAGUAGUUGCACGUACUGUGGAGUCUUGAGAAGACAAGCACUUGAUCGUGGAGCUGCUAGGCUUGGAAUACACCAUGUUGUAACAGGCCACAAUGCAGAUGAUAUGGCAGAAACUGUUCUCAUGAAUUUACUUCGAGGAGACACUGCCAGACUUGAGAAUUCAUGUACUAUUCUUACGCAGAGUUCUGGAUCGCCUAUCAAGAGAUCCAAGCCAUUCAAGUACAUGUACCAAAAAGAGAUUGUACUCUAUGCACAUUAUAAGAAGCUAGACUACUUCAGCACAGAAUGUACGUACGCCCCGGAGGCAUUUCGAGGCACGGCUCGUGAAUUGCUCAAGUCAUUGGGAGCCAUUCGACCAUCUUGCAUUAUGGAUAUCAUCUAUUCAGGUGAACAUUUGGUUUUGGCCAAAAGGAAGAAGAGAACUCCCAAGUACAAAAAUCCUAGAAAGGGCGAGUUGCUCGACAAGAAUAGGGAACAGGAGAUCAAUGGAGACGGUACAGUUUCGCUUGCAAAAAGCGGGAACACAUGUGAGAAGUGUGGGUACAUCACGUCGAAUAAGAUUUGUAAGGCAUGUAUUCUUCUAGCAGGGCUUGAGAUGAAUCGGGCAAAGGUGAGUGUGGAGAGUGGAGGAGAUGGACCGGCGAAGUUAACCAAGACGUUAGAACAGUUGAGCUUUUAA